AAAAUUGCGCGACAAUCAAAGUCGGUUCUUUUUAAAAAGUCCAGUGCACACUUGGGCACUUGGUACAGACAGACGUACUGUCGACGAAUAAUGAUCUUUUUUCAUGAAAUCACGCAAAUCAGUAUUGGUUGUUUGUUUAAAAUAUUUUUUGUGGUGUUUUGAAAGAAAUGAGACGCUCUGAAGCACCAUCACAGAAGCCAAAUGGUUUAAAACGUCCAAUUACUACAGAAAGCAAAAGAUUUGCUGCUAAGAAAAUUUGCCUUAAUAAUCAAUCGAAAAAUUCUUUUUCCAAGAAUGACGAAGAGGCAAGAGACAAAGAAAAUUUAUAUAAAUGUCACUUUCUGAAGUCAAAGGCAAAGUCAAGUUCUUUUCAAACUCCUGUACUGAAUCAAAAUACAUCAACCAGUCAUUUAGACCAAGCUAAAACAGAAAUGAAAAUUGAGGAUAAUGCCACAUGUUUUUAUAGUGUAAUGUGGGCAAAAAUAUCAAAGAAAAAGCACAAAACUUGGGAAGGUGAUGGUAUACUGCUGAUGAAAGGCAAGACAGCGAUAUUGCAAGAUUCUGAGGGAAAAGAGAUUGGAAAAUCAAGUGGAUUUAAAUGUUCACAUUUGAAAAAAUUAACUGAAGGAGAAAUGUUGAUAAUUGGUGGUAAAGAAGUUGAGGUUACAGGUGAAAUAGCAAAGGAUGACUAUCUCAGUGGUUGCUGUUUCCAACAAGUAUUAGACUCAGAAAAGGCACCAUGCAAUUUAUCUGCUAAAACAGGGCCAGUGAAACCAUUUUCCAACCCACAAAAAAAGGAUAUUAGCAUAACUGGCAGCUGCAAAAGAUCUUCAAGUACACAACCAAUCACAGCAAGGUUCAAUCCACUAGUGCCAGGGGCUCUGGUGAUGCCACGACCCAACCCCUUACAUCAAUGCAAUCACAACAAGAAACAGUUGACUGUCGUGGAUGUUGUAGUUGAUCCCUAUAUCACUAAUAUAUUACGACCUCACCAAAAAGAUGGCGUCGUAUUUCUUUAUGAAUGCGUGAUGGGCAUGAGAAAUAUUGUUGGAAAUGGCGCAAUUUUAGCUGACGACAUGGGACUUGGAAAAACACUUCAGUGUAUAAGUCUUAUUUGGACACUUUAUAAACAAGGUGCUUAUGGUGGUCAACCGGUUGCCAAACGGUUUCUUGUAAUAUCCCCUGGCAGCUUGGUCAAGAAUUGGGCGGCAGAAUUUCGUAAAUGGUUGGGUAACGAAAGGAUACUCGUGUACACUGUGAGCUCAGAAAGAAAAGUUGAGGAAUUCCUACGUAGCCCAGUGUUUCCAGUAAUGGUAAUCAGUUACGAAAUGUUUGUUCGAUACGUGGAAGAUAUGAGAAAGAUUAAAUUUGAUCUUGUUGUUUGUGACGAAGCUCAUAGAUUGAAAAAUACUGCCAUUAAGACAACUAUGCAUAUUUCUAGCCUAAAUAUUCCCAUGAAGAUUCUUCUUACUGGAACACCUUUACAGAACGACCUUACGGAAUUUUACUCCCUUGCUGAUCUCUGUAAUCCUGGCGUUUUAGGUACCCCUAGCUCUUUCCGACGUGUGUAUGAAGAGCCAAUCGUACGUGGACGUCAACCCGGGGCUACCAACGAGGAGAAAGAAUUAGGAGAAUGUCGUGCUACAGAGUUAAAAAGGCUUUCAAGUCAAUUUCUCUUGCGAAGAACUUCCGAAAUCAACAACAAAUAUUUACCAGGAAAAGUCGAAGCUGUCGUAUUUUGCCAUGCAAGUUCUCUACAGCAAUGUUUAUAUGAGCAUUUGGUCUCAUCUCGUUUCUUCAAGUCCUGUCUUACGUUUUCCUGUUCAAGUUCUCUUCACUUGAUGUGUAUUGCUGCAUUAAAAAAGCUCUGUAAUCAUCCGUGUUUAUUGUACCGUAAAGAGAAGGUUGUGCACCCUGAAAUUUCAAACUUAUCUCAUAAUGAUGCUCUAUACGAAGACCUGCAAUCAUUAUAUCCCACAAACUAUAAUCCAGAUUGCAGUCAGCAUUCCGGAAAGUUAAAAGUUCUUGAGAAUCUGUUAAGGAUCAUCAGAGAAAAUUCCUUUCAAGAACGAGUUGUCGUUGUUUCAAACUACACGCAGACUUUAGACAUCAUUCAAAGAUCAUGUGAAAGAAACAAGUAUCCUUACUUACGUCUAGAUGGUCAGACAGCAACUAAUCAUCGUCAUAGUUUAGUGGAACGUUUUAACAUGAAAGGGAAUAAAGAUUUCGUGUUUCUUCUCAGUUCAAAAGCUGGUGGUGUUGGUCUCAAUUUGACUGGAGCAUCAACUUUAAUACUGUACGAUAUUGAUUGGAAUCCAGCCAAUGAUAUUCAAGCAAUGGCAAGGGUUUGGCGCGAUGGUCAACGAAAGAUGGUAAAGAUAUACCGUCUACUUACUACGGGAACAAUAGAAGAGAAAAUUUACCAAAGACAAAUCAGUAAACAAGGUUUGAGUGAUGCUGUGUCUGAUGCCAUUUCAUCGUCAUCUCGAGCUCAAGAUUUUUCUCGUGAAGACCUAAAAGAUCUCUUUACAUUUCACGUGGACACCUCAUGCCUCACACAUGACCUUCUUAAUUGCUCUUGUUCCUCUUAUAAUGAGACAAAGGGAAAAAAUCCUGUUGCUAACGUCGACAAAAUUCCUGCUGCAGAAAAUUCACCCAGAACAUGUCAACUUGGUGUGACAAAAAAAACUGACCAGGAGAAACACUUAUCAAUGGCAGAGUUAAUGCAAUGGAAGCAUUUCUCACGACCUAUUCAAGAUACUGAAAUUGAGGAUAUUUGGUUGAGAUCUUGUGCAGAUGAUAUUGAUUUUGUAUUUCAAACUGAGAUUAAGAAAUAUUGUUGAAGUUAUCGAAAAUAUUUCUUGAUUCAGAGAUUCGUAGAGAAGACAUUACAUCAAUGCGGUAAUUUAGUGUAAACUACGAGGAUGUUAACAUUCUAUAUUAUCAAAGUCUGAAGAUUGCAUAAGGCAGGAAAGUAUGUACGUUAUAUUUUAAUGCUGAUGUUCUAUUAUAUUGUUAAUUGCUUUGCGCGUGCUAAAAA